UCGCGGUACUGUGCCUGGUGUGGCGGCUGCGCGACCUGAGCCAGGCCCUGCGGGAGGCCGAGGCGGACGGCUACAGCAGGCCAAGUGACUGCAGCCGCUGACCCAGGCCGCCUAUCUGGACGAGGCGCGGCGGAGGCUGGAGGGUCCGGCGCAGCCAGCUGAGGCUUCGCGGGAGGGCUCGGGAACUGAAGGUCCACCGGAAGGAGGAGGCCAAACUAUCGGGCCCGGCAGCGCGUGGCGCGGGGGAUGGAUGCUGCGCCAGGAACGGUCGUGGCGCGCGGUCAGACCGGCUGGACGGGUCCCAGACGCACAGCUCACAGCGCUGGGUAACGUGACGCGGUCACGUGGCGCGCAAUCGGGCUGGCGGCGGCUGACGGAGGCGGAGACUUGGCUGCGACGCGGGGCUGCUGGAGGCCGAGGCGGCGAGGCACCGGGGAGCCGCAGCGGUUGUCACCACGGCAGCCGGUGAGAUGGUUGAAAAAGAAGGUUAUCUUCAAAAAGCUAAAAUUGCAGAUGGAGGAAAGAAACUAAGGAAAAACUGGUCUACUUCCUGGAUUGUUCUUUCUAGUAGAAAAAUUGAAUUUUACAAAGAAUCCAAACAACAGGCUCUGUCCAAUACGAAAACUGGGCACAAAGCAGAAAGUGUGGAUUUGUAUGGGGCACAUAUAGAAUGGGCCAAGGAAAAAUCAAGCAGAAAGAAUGUCUUUCAGGAUCCUGGGCACAGUCCAGACUGACACAGGAAGCCUGGGUGUCAGC